UAUUAUGCGCUCUGUUGUAUUUGGAAGCUGGCGCUAAACUCAAAGUUAUAUCAUGGCGAAGACAAAAAUGUCAAAAACAUUCAUGAAAGAAAACUGUGAUGAAAAUCCAAGAAAAAGGCGAAAGCUGGAUGCUGGAACAACAAAGCAAACAUGGUUAACAAAAACUGACAGACUGGAUGAUAUCUACAGAGAAAUGGGAGUGGAUCUGCUUUCAGAAAGUAGUCAUGAAAGUUGCAUGAGCAUUACAGAAAACACACCAGCUUGUAGUGUAGCCAGCAGAAACGACACACUCUUAGUUCCAUCCGCUCCACGAGUUCUCCUUCCAUGUCAAAGAGAUAAUGUGUCGCCUCAAAGUAAUGGCACAGUCCAGUCUCUCACACCAAGGAAAAUUGCCAAAAAGCUUAUAUACUCCAAUUAUCAUAGCAAAUGUGAAUAUGAAGAUUUUAUGAGUAAAUUAUCUGAUGAAAUAAUGCUGAAUAUUUUCCGCUGGUUACCAAAGUAUGUUUUAGCCAAAUGUGCCCGCGUGUGCCACAGGUGGAACAAUCUAGUCCUUGAUGAGACAUUGUGGAAACGGAUUGAUUUGUCCAACAAAAACCUACCACCUGGAACAUUAGGAAAUGUAAUAUCAAGAGGAGUAACAAUUCUUCGGUUGGCAAAAACAGAGAUUGAAGAUCCAUUGUUUACAGGCCUAACACGUGAAAUAAAAAUGACAAGAUUAACAAAAAUUCAGUACCUUGACCUUAGUAUGGCAACCAUAACAAUGAAUAGCUUGGAGGAACUGUUUUCAGUGUGUCGUGACUUGAGGAAAAUAAGUCUGGAAAAUGCAGAUGUUAAUGAAGCAAUUUGCUGUCACAUUGGCGAAAACAAAUAUUUGCAGACGUUAAAUCUUUGUAUGUGUCGUGGAAUCACGGCCAAUGGUCUUGUGCCAAUUACAUCAAACUGUCAGAACCUCGAGUCACUGAAUCUGUCUUGGACAUCUCUGCCACGUCACACCAUUGUGUACCUAGUUCUCUGUCUUCCUGCUAGUCUGACAAAACUCAAUCUUAGUGGUUGUCGACAAAAUAUCACUGAUGAUGAUGUUUUUCAGCUGUGUAAAGCCUGCCCCAAAUUGAAGGAACUGGAUGUUAGUGAUUCCACAGCUCUGACCUGCACAACUGUGCACCAUGUUGCAGACAACCUAUCACAGCUGGAACAUUUAGCUAUCAGUCGGUGCUAUCAUAUUAUGCCACUCACAAUACCAGUACUUGCCAAGCUUCCAAAUCUUUUGGCUAUUGAUGUGUUUGGAAUGUUACGUGAAGUACUGUUGGAGCAACUGAAGAAAAGCAUGACUAGAAUUGAGAUUAACAAAUUUCCCUUCUCUAGUAUUGCACGACCCACUACCGGUAUCAGAAGAACUAGCGUAUGGGGGCUCAGAGUUAGAGAUAAUGUUAUUUGAUUGCACUGCCCAUACCACUAGUAAAUGUGAUUUCUCAAUAAUAAUGUGAAGUUGUGAUAUUAAGGCAACAGUACUGAAAUUACGUGAUACUUUGAUUAGAUCUCAAAUAGUCAAACUCAUUCAUUUGAAGAGACCAAAACAAUAAGUUUUGAGAUCAACAGCAUCGCUGGUGAACGAUAGAAUUUUAGUUUUUAAUGAUUGUAUAUUACAUUAUAUACACUACACAAGCAUGAACAAAGAUGUUUACAAUUCAGUUGAGACUGAAAUAUACAUAAUGUAUUAAUAAUUAAAAACAAAGUGAACGAAUAAGUCCCUAUGAAUAUUCUUAGCACAAACCUUCAUGCUGAGAUUUUCUUUUCUUAAAAUAAGCAUUUAAUCACUACAUUUUUACAUUUGAAAAGGUGACUUAUUUUCAAAUAAUGUACAUAUUAUAUUGAAACAGUUGGACCAAGAACAUAACUUCCAACCAAUUCCCUAAGUAACUGUGAUAAUCUUUAAAGAGAGUCAGUGGUGAUUUCCAGAUACUCAUCUAGGAAUUUUGUACAGGUCAAGUUUCAUUUAAUGCUCAGAUAUUUCCCAUUCCGUGAAGAUAUUUUAUUUCUUAAUUUGACACUUUUUUUGUUUCUUCUUAUUCCAUAUAAAAGAUCCUCCUGCCCUGUCUGUGGAUUGGUCCAAACACCUCAACAAUUAAUCAAAUUGCUGUACUCGCCCAUUUUAAGAAAUCUCAUUAGAGAAUUAUUAAAAUACUAUUAAACACUUGAGAGAAAAAAAUACAGCCCAUUUGGUUGUCUUUUAGGAUGUUCAACUCGGUGCACAUGAUUGGGGAGAGGGAUACUAAAGUUAGAGGUCAAGUAGAGUAUAACAAAAGAGGAAACCUGUAAUUUUCCAUCAAUUUAAACACUUGGGAAAUUAUGUCUUACACAUGUGUAACUACAUAUAUUUACAAAACCUGACACAUCUGUGUAAGAAAAUCAAGCUUCAAAAAUUCAGUACUUAAUUUUUCAGCAAUGACAUAGAAUCCUCUUUCUUUUUUUUUCUUUUUUUUUUUCUUAAGCAUUUAGGGAUAAUUUUUUGGAUAAAAUAUUCACUAAUAUUUAUUUACUUAAUUUAGCACACUACAAUUUUAUCGCCAUUGUCUUUGGUUUGUCAUAACCUUUUUUGUUGGAUUGUCUAGUUCAGACUAAAACAUAAAUUUGUUUACAUCUGUUUUUAUUAAGAGUUGUUGGAAUGGAAUUCCCAAAGUGGGCAUUCAUCGAUGUAGUUUGGUUUCUGUAAACAUUUUGAAAACUUCAUUUAUGUAAUACUAAGCCCAUUACAGCCAGCUACUGGCUUUUUAAAUCUUGUUGAACAUUUACCAAUACAUAGCAGCUUUUAAGUUUGAGAAUGAUAUGGAAUUUCAGCCACAUUCUCGAUUUUAUUAACAACUAGGUUUUAAGAUAUGGUCUCAUAUUUUGCAAGCCAUUUGUGUGUGUUGGGGUUGCAGGAGAUAACCUUACAAAUAGUAAAAUGGAUGUUGCUUAUAAGACUGAAAUAGAUUUCAGACUUUGAAAAGACAAAAAUUCAAAUGAGCACUUGUUCAUUUGUUCUGAAAAGUGAAAAUCUGCUCGAACAAACAAAUGUAUGUUGGUGGUUGUCCAGUAUAUAAGUAAAAAUAUUCAAUAGAGUUUCAUUUUGAGCAAUCAAAAACAUUGUCCAUUUAAUUGAAUAUAUUGGUGGACAAGUCUUUGUAGAUGUAUUUGUCAGGUGGAUUAGUAAAACAAAUUCUGCUUAUUUUUUGCUGAAAUUUCUUUAUUAGAACCGCUGAAGCAAUCCUUUUUGACAUGAAGAAUGUAAUAUAUCUGCAAUUGCCACAAAUAUUUGUUUGUUGACAAUUUUAUUUUAUGGCAGUCACUUUGCAAAAAGUCAUACAUUACAUAGCUUGAAUAUUAGUGUAAAGUAGAAUGUUUGUUUUUGUGAGGUUAUCUUCAAUAGAAUGAAUGUUCAGUAAUAUACUUCAUGAUAUCUUUAAUUGGAAGAGAGAAAAACCUUUACAUUGAAAAGGAUUACUGAUGUGCAGAACUUCACCUGAAUGAUUUAUUAUAAAAUCUGCUAAUUACAUAAUUUCAAACAUUCUGUAUGGUUGGUAAAAUCAGACAGGAGGAACGUGUACUAAGCAUUUUAAAAAUGGGUAACCUUUUGUCUGUUUAAUACUGUAUUUGUAUUAACGUCUUGGAUUUAUGGCAUAAUUCAGACUAAAAUGCUCUCGGGGGGUUUUUUCCGUUUUUUUCUUGUGCAAAAUUUGGAGUGUAUCUUUGAUAUUGAGGGUAUUAAUCCUUACAAACAUCAGUGUGAGAGUUUAGUUAGCGUCGGAUACAGUCAGGGCUUCUAGAAAAAAAAUUUAAUCCACUAGCCAUGGAAUCAGUGAUCUAAAAAAUUUACUAGCCACAAUUAAAUAUUCACUAGCCUUACU